UACUGGGAUUUCUGCAGUAUAAAGACCAAGAAAAUCAGGGUGUAGGACAGAGUUCCUUCACUGACAGAAGCAACAGUUGUGAAAAGUGCUUUGGCAAUUAUGGACUCAUCUGACGUUCAAAGGAAAAAAGUAGCUAUCAUUGGUGGUGGCUUGGUUGGAUCAUUAAAUGCAUGCUUCCUGGCAAAGAGGAAUUUUCAAGUUGAUGUAUAUGAAGCAAGGGAGGACAUCCGAGUGGCUAACUUUGCACGUGGAAGAAGCAUUAACUUGGCCCUUUCUUAUAGAGGACGGCAAGCCUUGAAAGCCAUUGGCCUGGAAGAUCAGAUUAUAUCCCAAGGUGUUCCCAUGAGAGCAAGAAUGAUUCACUUUCUUUCAGGAAGAAAAUCAGCAAUUCCCUAUGGGACAAAGUCUCAGUAUAUUCUUUCCAUAAGCAGAGAAAACUUAAACAAGGAUCUACUGAAUGCUGUUGAGAAGCACCCCAAUGUGAAGGUGCACUUUGGCCACAGGCUAGAGAAGUGCAAUCUUGAGGAAGGGAUGAUCACAGUGCUCGGGUCUGACAAAGUCCCCAAAGACAUCACUUAUGACCUCAUCGUAGGAUGUGACGGAGCCUACUCAACAGUUAGGAAUCACCUUAUGAAGAAACCCUGCUUUGAUUACAGUCAGCAAUACAUUCCUCAUGGGUACAUGGAGUUGACUAUUCCAUCAAAGAAUGGGGAUUAUGCCAUGGAACCGAAUUAUCUGCAUAUUUGGCCUAGAAAUACCUUCAUGAUGAUUGCACUUCCUAAUAUGAACAAAUCUUUCACAUGCACUUUGUUCAUGCCCUUUGAAGAGUUUGAAAAGCUUCUAACCAGUAAUGAUGUGCUGGGUUUCUUCCAGAAGUACUUUCCGGACUCCAUUCCCCUAAUUGGAGAGAAAGCCCUGGUGCAAGAUUUCUUUCUGUUGCCUGCCCAGCCCAUGAUAUCUAUAAAGUGCUCUUCUUUUCACUUUAAAUCACACUGUGUGCUGAUGGGAGAUGCAGCUCAUGCCAUAGUCCCAUUUUUUGGGCAAGGAAUGAAUGCGGGCUUUGAGGACUGCUUGGUCUUUGAUGAGUUAAUGGGUAAAUUCAAUGAUGAUAUUAGUACAUGCCUUCCUGAAUUCUCAAGGUUUAGAAUUCCAGAUGACCAUGCAAUUUCAGACCUGUCUAUGUACAAUUACAUAGAGAUGCGGGCUCAUGUCAACUCCAGGUGGUUCAUUUUUCAAAAGAACAUAGAAAGGUUUCUUCAUACGAUUAUGCCUUCUACCUUUAUCCCUCUCUAUACCAUGGUCGCCUUCUCCAGGAUAAGAUACCAUGAGGCAAUGCUGCGCUGGCAUUGGCAAAAAAAGGUGAUAAACAGAGGACUCUUCAUCUUUGCAUCGCUAAUCACCAUCGGUAGUUCCUACCUACUCUUGCGCUACAUGCCACUGGGCCCUCUGGACUACCUGAGAAGACCAUGAAACAGGAACUGCUUACUUUUAAAAUUUGGUGCAGGUUAACCUGCAAACUCUAUGGAGUCCCUAGAACGAAUUCCCUAUUUCAUUAGCCAGUAAUAUAAAGGUCCAAAGGUAGCAAAUGUUUGAUUUCUUUGUGACCAAAAUUAAAGAUCAAAAAUAUAUCUCCAUUGCCAUAUUUAAUUCACUAUUGGAAGAUUGUUGUCAGCAUAUAAUUAAACUUAAUGUUGAAUCUCUGUGUUGCACUUACUCAGGAGUAGGGGAAAUAUCACUUUCUUAAAGUUUCAACAGGUAGCUUCCCUAUCACAUUUUACAUGCUUAGGUUGGGUCAUUCUAAAUUUUAAAAUGCAGUGACUAAGAUCUCUCUCACUUCUCAAAAAGUAAGGCCCUGGAGGCCUCUGGGAAGGCACUUAUCUUGUUUUUUAUUGUCUUUUUUUUUUCUUUAAAGGACAUAAUAGACUCACAAUAAGAUUGACAACACCUGAAACUAAAAACAUAACAGCUUGCCUAACAUGUUAACUGAGCUUUUCAUCGCCUGAAUGGAGCUUGUAGAACUGCUGGGCUCAAAUUUACUUGAUAAAACUGAAAGUGUAAAUGAAGGAUCCAGGGAAGUUCCAAAGAGUUAUAGAAUGAAUCUAUUUUAGUUCAUGGUUUUCAAAUGCCAGUAUGACCUUCUGAAGAUAAGAAAAGGCCAUUAAUGCCAUCAUAAGUGAAGGAUAAGAAAGGAUUUUAAUCAUAAAUUAAAUAUGUUUAUAUAAGAGAGUAGAAAGUAAACAAGGGAAGACAGUUUUUAUAGAAAUAUGUACCCAUAUUUUAUUCCAUUUCAGACCCUCAGAAACAGUUUAGUAACUUGUUCUUGAACUACAUACUACAACAGAACCAGCAAUGAAUUUGAUUUUUUAAAAACGCAUUUAUUGAGAUGUUUUCUUUGGUUUUUCCUUCUUCAAAUAAGCCAACUGAGCCAUUUAGAAGUCCUUCAGAUAUGAUUAAUUAUAAAGAUGUAACACUAAAAGGAGAGUCAUCUAGGAAAUAAAAAAAUAAGCAAUAAAAUAAAAUAAUUCUGCAUUUAUUUUCUAUAUUGUCAAGACAUCCUCAAGUCUUUGACACACUAAUAAUCCAUGUUUAGUGUGUAGGGGAAGAAAGUAAUACAUUUUUCUUUUACCUAUCUUAGGUCCAUUGUCUGGGGCCCCUACAACAAAAGACAGAUUAACAAGAGAAAAACAAACACAAACAGAAGUUUAUUAACAUAUAUCUCAUAUAUACAUGGGAGAUGCCCAAAGAAUAAGUACAUCUCAAAGAGUUGGCUUAGAACUCCCUGGCUUCUAUAGCAUCUUCAACAAACAACAGCAAACUGCUAGAGAAGUGACAAGACAAAAGAAAAGGACUUUGAGUCUCUAGGGGCAGUAAAUGUAUAAAAGUUAAUAAAUGGGAGUUUGUUAUGUAAAUUCUUCUGGUGCUGUCUUCAGGCUGGUAAGUGUCUAAGUUGUUUCUGGUGAUGGACCUUGUCCUUCCUCAUAGAGGAGAGAAGGAUGCCUUUGUAAAUGUAUAUCCCGAGUUUAGGCAAAUAGGAGACCAGAGAGCUUUUCUUUCUU